CUGCUGCUGCUGUGGGCGGCCGCGGCGGGGCCAGGGACGGGACAGGAAGUACAGACAGAGAAUGUGACAGUGGCUGAGGGUGGGGUGGCAGAGAUCACCUGCCGUCUGCAUCAGUAUGAUGGUUCUAUAGUGGUCAUCCAGAACCCAGCCCGGCAGACCCUCUUUUUCAAUGGCACCCGAGCUCUGAAGGAUGAGCGAUUCCAGUUAGAGGAGUUCUCCCCACGUCGGGUGCGCAUCCGCCUCUCAGACGCCCGUCUGGAGGAUGAAGGGGGCUACUUCUGCCAGCUCUACACGGAGGACACCCACCACCAGAUCGCCACACUCACUGUCCUAGUGGCUCCGGAGAAUCCAGUGGUCGAGGUCCGGGAGCAGGCAGUGGAGGGCGGCGAGGUGGAGCUCAGCUGCCUAGUUCCACGAUCGCGCCCCGCAGCCGUCCUGCGCUGGUAUCGAGAACGCAAGGAGCUGAAAGGAGUGAGCAGCGGCCAGGAGAACGGCAAAGUGUGGAGCGUGGCGAGCACCGUGCGGUUCCGGGUAGACCGCAAGGACGAUGGCGGAAUUGUCAUCUGCGAAGCACAGAACCAGGCGCUGCCCUCCGGGCACAGCAAGCAGACGCAGUACGUGCUGGAUGUGCAGUACUCCCCCACGGCCCGGAUCCACGCUUCGCAAGCAGUGGUGAGGGAAGGAGACACGCUGGUGCUGACAUGCGCGGUCACAGGGAACCCCAGGCCAAACCAGAUCCGCUGGAACCGCGGCAAUGAAUCUCUGCCAGAGAGAGCCGAGGCAGUGGGUGAGACGCUCACGCUGCCUGGCCUGGUAUCUGCAGAUAACGGCACCUACACCUGUGAGGCGUCGAACAAGCACGGCCACGCGAGGGCGCUCUACGUGCUGGUGGUAUACGACCCUGGUGCAGUGGUGGAGGCUCAGACCUCUGUUCCCUACGCCAUCGUGGGCGGCAUCCUGGCACUGCUGGUGUUUCUGAUCAUAUGUGUGCUAGUGGGCAUGGUCUGGUGCUCUGUCCGACAGAAGGGCUCCUAUCUGACGCAUGAAGCCAGUGGUUUGGAUGAGCAGGGGGAAGCAAGAGAAGCCUUCCUCAAUGGCAGCGAGGGACACAAGCGGAAAGAAGAGUUUUUCAUCUGACCCCACCCCCACUGCCAGCUGCAAGGAACCAGCAAAGACAUUGACCAGAGUCUGGGAUGGUGGGCUUCCCCCCCCACCACUAACACCUCAGGCACUUGGGCAGGGAUUGGGGGUGUUGGAAGCCUGGAUCUAACCCAGGGCUAGAAGUGAGGGACCAGAGGAUUAUGUCCCCCAGCAGGGGACAGGGACCAAAGGUCCCUUCUAGACCCCCUCCCCCCCAGUUCAGGGAGGGCAGUAGGGAUUGGGUUAGGGGAGAUAACAGGAAAAAGGCCAGAGCCCCUAGGCUACAGAACCAGGUCCUUUGGGGAGGGGGUCAGAUUUGGGGAAGGGUGGGGUGGGCAGGGAAGGGGAACACAUUUCUUUGGGGGUUCCAGACCCUAAGCCAGCCAUUGUAAGAGUUCCACAGAGCUCUGGGCACCUCUUUGCAAAGCCAUGUUUGCACGGUGGGGGAAGGGGUGGGGGGAGGGCAUGGAAAUGGGGAUUCUGUGUCUGUGUCAAAACUGAUGGGGGCAGUGAGGGAGACAGCCCCAAACUUUACCUUCAGUUCCCCUUCCCCAGGUUCCUGGGCAGCUCCCUUCCCCUCCAUCUCCAACCCCCACAUCUUUCCCAGCCCAUAUUUUUCUGUCCAUCCACUCCUGGGGGGGCCUUCCCCGUCUCUCCUCCAGGCCCCCCAGGGAGGGAGAAAAGGCAUUUGGGGUGGGGAUGUGUGGUCUCUAUGGUUUUAUAUAUAAUAUAUUAAAAAAUCAAAAAUCUGUAUGAAAAUAUCAGAUUGCACCCUCUCCCCCCAUUCCUAAGGCUUUUGCCCCCUUUUCUUGUUUAAAAAAAAACACACAUUUUUGUAUGGGGCGGGGAGGGGAUGGGGAGGGGGUUUGGCAAUCCCACUAACCACCAUUAAACUGAGGAGAGAACAAGC